GCAAUCGCCUAUUAUUAGAAUCACUGAGCGUGGUUGGGAUGUUCGGCGUGUCGACUUUUCGGUUGUCAUUUCAGAAAAUUGCAGAUAUAUACGACAUGGAGGAGGCCGUAGCCAUGUCUUUCAACAUCAUCUUUAACACGGUUCUCGACAAGGAUUCGCGGCACCCUGUAACCCUUUUCGCAUCCCUUGUUGCGAAUCACCAUCCUUCAAGACGGUGUCGAAAAGGUGCAGCCAACCUAUUGUGGCGUAUGGAUGAGAUAUGGCCUCUGGUGGACGAGGAAGUGCAACCAUCGCCUGCGCAUAUGGAAGGCAGCAAAAGGAAUGGGGAGCCGGAUCUUGCAGAGCUACAGAAAAUAAAGAUCUGUGGCGACGACAGGCCACGUGGGUCUUGGAGAUCUUGCCAGGGAAGCAAGCCAACGUCAAGAGGAUAUAGCUGUGGCGUUUGGGCGACUUUCCACUCGCUUGCGGCCCGGCUUGAUGACAAGGAAGGGGCGAUUUGGCUCAAGGCCGUCCGCGCAUUCAUGGACAAGUUCUUUACCUGUGACACGUGCAGAGUUCACUUCUUGAAAUACAGUGAAAAUGCUACCAUCACGACAAGAAAAGAAGCUGUCCUGUGGUUUUGGAAGACCCAUAAUAUUGUAAACAAGAGACUUGCCAAAGAGGACUUAGCGUCGGGAAAUGGGGAUCCCGAAUAUCCGAAAAUAAACUGGCCGUCGAAAGAGCUGUGCCCAAUGUGUCGAGCUGUACCCCUUCCUGGGAUGCAGGGAGACUGGGACGCGACAUGGGUUGAGGAUGAAGUCUACAAAUUCCUGAUGAAGUUUUAUGCCCAUCCACUUGGAGAAGGCGACAUUAUCGCGGAAGAGAACCGUAAACGGACGCUGGAACAGAAUGCCCAAGACACCAUUGUUACGCCUAAUUUCGAUGGCAUACGGGGCGGUGGUUUCGGAGAGGAGAAUAGAGUCCAGCAGACGCAGAUGGAUACCUCAACAGCAGUCCCCGCAGGAGCGGCUAUUGCAGUUGCGAUCGCCAGCUGCGCGUUUGGCAUCGUCGCUUGUUGGUGGCGAGUUCAGCAGAAGAAGAGAAA